GAAGCUCCUAAAGUUUAGCCACAACAUUCGCAAAGUCGCAAAAAGAUCCCUGAGAAAUAACAAAAUAGCAGUAGCAUCUACCAGCAUCCACAUCGUCUGCCACCUCUUACGUCUCCACCCCCUCUGAAGCAGCGCUAUCUACGUAUCGGUCCCUGGUCUGACCGUCCGGCCGCCGGGAGGAGCUCGCCGGCGAAAUCCCGUUCCCCUGCCCCCCAUCGGCGGUGGCAUGGGGUUCUCUCUGUACCCCAUGAAGACGUCCACGCGCAUGCUCUGGAGCACCAGCUUCUUCCGCCAUAAGCUCUCCACCUCCUUCUGAGCCAAUCUCUCGCCUCGCCUCUCGGGUGGCGGAGGCCUCUGCGCACAGCUAGCCGGCGAAGUGCGUCUCCGUGCGUGCACGGGUUUCGUUUGAGAUUGGGUUUUUCUUGGGUUGUUCUUGGAGAGGAGGAAGGGGAAGGGAUGGAUCCCGGGCGCGUCGUGUUCGACUCCGGCUUGGCCCGGCUGGCUGCCCCUGGCAGCGGCGGCAGCGGCCCGCAGAUGCUGCUCUUCGGAGGUAGCGGUGGUACCAGCGGCGGCGGUUUCUUCCGAGGUGAAUUGACUGUCCAUUUGACCGGAGCUGGAUCUGUACUCUCUCUGUUAGCUGCACGUCUAUCUCAAGCUAAGAUCUUCGAUUCCGCAGGCAUGGCCGGCAUGGAGGACGGGCGGGUGAUCAACAACAAGCGCCCCUUCUUCACGACGCACGAGGAGCUCCUGGAGGAGGAGUACUACGACGAGCAGGCGCAGGAGAAGAAGCGCCGCCUCACGACGGACCAGGUGCAGAUGCUGGAGAGGAGCUUCGAGGAGGAGAACAAGCUUGAGCCGGAGCGCAAGACCGAGCUGGCAAAGCGACUGGGGAUGGCGCCACGGCAGGUGGCGGUCUGGUUCCAGAACAGACGCGCGCGCUGGAAGAACAAGCAGCUCGAGCAGGACUUUGACCGCCUCAAGGCCGCGUACGAAGCUCUCGCCGCCGACCACCACGGUGUCCUCUCCGACAACGACCGCCUCCGGGCUCAGGUGAUCUCGCUGACCGACAAGCUGGAAGGCAAGGUGACAAUGCCAUCAGCAAUUGCUGCUGCCGCACAAGAGGUUGACCAGCCAGACGAGCACACAUCGGGCCUUAUGGUGACCCGGCAGCAUAAAGGGGACAUCUUCAAUGGUGGCACCAACGAUGGUAGCAGCCCUGUGGUGAUCGACGUUGCUGAGGGCACCAACCAUAGCGGUGAGUCGGGCUACUUUGCUGGGGACUAUGAUAACAACGUCUGCACCGGGCAGUACGGUGGUGGUGCUCUGUCCUCAGAGGAGGAGGACGGCGGUGCGGUCAGCGACGAAGGGUGCAGUUUCCACCUCCCGGACGCCAUGUUGGCCGCUGGACUAGCCCACCAAGCCGCUGAGGAGGAGGAGCAUCUGGGCAGCUGGAACUCCUGGUUCUGGAACGAGUGAUAGAUGAUGGAUGAUUCCAUGCAUCGAGUGUCGAGGUCAAGAUAUCCUGCUCCAUCCUUUCGGCACCCUAUAAAAUUGCUGUUGUUCAUUAUAGCGUUAUUAUAUGGUCAAGUGUUUUGUGUUAUGUCUAUGUUACUCUUUUCUUAAUGUAUGUUCUUGAGUGUGUUAUAUGUUGUUAAUAUGGUCUCGAGAUGAUGCCGAAAUAUUGGAAUAAGUGCAUGUGUUAAAACAACUGUGCGCACAUCAACAAACUUAUUGUUUUACUUA